AUGGCGUCUGAAGAAGACAACUUUGAUAUUGAUAUCUAUGGCGACGGUGAAGGGGACAUGGGGAAUGAUGGCAACAUGGACUACAAGCAGGUGGAAGAAGAAGAGGAACACGAAGAGCAAAAAUUCGUUCUAGACAAUGAAGACACCACGCCAACUACUGAGGCCGAUCUGAAGGCCGGGCCAGACGCAGAAAAGAAGACGACAACAGAGACUUCAUCCCAAGACACCUUGAAGACUGAGGACGACCAAUCGAGCAAAUCCCAUGCAGUUCCCUCGAAGCCUGCUCCUCCCCAAGGUACGAAGCGCAAAGAAACUUCGGAUGAGAGACCAAUUGACAACGGCGCCACGAUGGCGCUUAUGAUUUCCGACUUGCACUGGUGGACUACCGAAGAUGAUAUCCGCGGUUGGGCCAACGAGGCUGGCGCGGAAGACGAGUUAAAAGAGUUGACGUUUAGUGAGCAUAAGGUCAAUGGCAAAAGCAAAGGGCAGGCAUAUGUUGAGUUCUCCUCGCUUCAGGCGGCCACUGCAACAAAGCACAAAAUUGAAAGUCUAGGUGGCGGCCAACCCAAUGCUCGCAAGCAUAGUGUGAUCUUCACCAAUGCAACACAGAAUCCUUUCAAGACUCUCCCAAAAGAUGCUCCGGCUAGGGCCAGAGAUGAUCGACCUGUCCGGGCCGGUACAUUCAACUCUGGACCUCGCGCAGACAACAAUUAUGGGAUUAACAAUCAAGGGUUCCGAGGUAACAGAGGUGGUGGCUUCAAUCGCGGAGGUUACAAUUCUCACGGACAAUUCAAUCGCAACUUUUCUGGGCCCAUGGGAGGCUAUAAUAACAAUAACAUGGGCUUUCAGGGGAACAUGGGUAUGGGCAACACUUAUGGCGGCUUUAAUCGAGGCGGAAUCAUGGGCAAUUCAAUGCGAGGUAAUAUGGGCGGUAUGCGCGGAGGCAGAGGAGGCAUGAAUAACAUGAUGCCCAUGGGAGGGGGAAUGGGAAUGGGUAAUAUGGCCAUGAAUCCAAUGAUGACUGGCAUGGGCAUGACAGGCUUUCAAGGAAAUCAAUUCAAUCCAGGAAUGUUCAAUUCAGGACAAGGCCCAAAUUUCGGCGGCGGCGGUGGUGAUUGGAACCAACACGGUGCUAAACGACAACGACAAGAAUGA